UGGCUAAGCUGUUAAGCAAAUGUCAAUCUCUUGUCAAAGAGCCUAACGCUUGCCAAGCAUCGUGAACUCGAUGAUUAUGAGCCAUCUUGAGAUUGAAGAUAGUAUCAUUAUUGGUUUAUUGGCUCUAUAGCUAGGCAGUGCCUGGAAAAGGACAACAUGAUGUACAAAACACAGACUUAACACAGAGUUGCAAUUGGAUAGGAUUUGAGGCCAAGAAAUCAAAUGCACAUUUGAUCCGGUGCCGCAGCCGAUCGGUGCCGCGGUGCGUGCCUCUUCAACGUUUUAUCCUAUCCGUGGUUUCUCUGCGGAGCCCUCAUUCGCUCCGCGCACAACACUUUUUUCAACUCCGUAAACGCCUAAACAAGACAAGAACGAAGUAAAGUCAAAUCAAGGAACUGAAUCCCAGGAUCCCAGGGUGGAUGGCCGAUAUCGAAAUAGCCUACAGAUCCAUCGUGAGGUGCAUCAACGAACGAAGAUGGGAGGAACUGCCAAGAUACAUGCACUCACACUUCGUCAAGGAUGGCCAAGACUUCACGGCCGAGGACUAUAUCGCCGAAAUGAGGAAGACUGGCGAUGUCGAGCUUACCAUCGAUGCUGUGACGGUUGACAAGUCUCAACAGUGCAUGGGAGCAGCAGUCUUCGUGAGGUUCAAGCCUGCGAGCGUAGAUGCUGGUGAUGCCGCUAUACCCGGCAAAACCAUCUCGUUCGCGGAGCAAUCGAUCAACUGGUUUACAGACGGCAAGCUUUCCAAGACAUUCACAGUGGCAGAUUAUCUCGAGAUGCAGCGCCAACUUUCAAACCCCGAUGCAAGGUACACGCCAGACCCUAUCACCGAAGAAGAGAAUCCGCCAAGAGGCUCUCUCGACGGGGGACUAUCCGCGCUCGAGCUAGAGAGCACGUAUAGGGCAUAUUGUGAUUGUGUCAACGAGAAAAGAAUGGAGACGGACCUGCACAAAUUUCUUCACCCGCAGACGGUCUUUAACGCCGAGACCCUGACGGAAGAGGGCUACCGACACAUGGUACAAUCGCUCUUCGAAGCCAUCCCUGACCUCGACCUCAGCAUCUCCACCAUCGUCGUAGACGAGCGAGCGCAGCGAGUAGCGGCGCGGAUAGCUAUAAACGGGACGCCCACCGACACGCUGGCUGGCGUGAAGCCCAACGGCGGCGCCGUCAGCACCCACGAGCACGUCACCUACCGCUUCGAGAAGGGCAGGAUCGCGAGGGUAUGGAGCAUCGUCGACUGGGCGUCCUACACAGAGCAGCAGAUGUCAAAUUAACCAUUCGUUAUCUAGGUACCUACCCUACCCCGUAGCACAAGGAAAAAGAAGGCCCGGGUUUUCUUCUUCGGUAUCGUGGUUAAACAUGUGCCCCCUGGGGAAACACAAAGCUCCAGACCAUCCGUUACAUAGUCACUAUGUAUUGUACAAUGUGUAGUACCACACAUACUAACUACCUACCUAAUGUACAUACACACAGCAUAGUUAGUUAGUUAAUACAAUACAGUGUAGGUAGGAGGUAGUCAAUACUAACAUCAGACAUACCAUUGUAGAUCAGCAGCAGU